AUGAUUUCAUUCCUCGUCGUCUGUGCAAGUAGUGACGCCCACCGUGUAGCCGAUUUCUCUUUGGUGUUCUCAUUCCCGGCGCUGUUCUACCACAUUCACAAGCAUGGAGUUGAUAACGUCUCUUUCGAGACGCAGGUGUUGCAAUUCAUCACAUUCCUGCUGCGCUACUGGGAUAUCUUCUACUUCGAGCAGACCAACUACAACGGUGUUUACAAGACACUCUACCUGUUCUGGGCGUACGCCACCAUUAUGAUACUAUUCGGUCAGCGCCGUAGAUGCCAGACUCUGGACGGUGUCAAACCCACUCCUUUUCAAACCCGUCGCGUUCUCCCUCUUCUCGCCCCAUGCCUUCUGUUAGGCUUUGUCAACAACUACGGUCCUACCAUGUCGUUGAACGACUUCUUCCGCGAGAGUUCCCGGCGCUUCGUCUUCCUCAGCGAAACCGCCUGGGCCAUGUCGAUCUACCUGCACGUUGUCGCAUUCAUACCCCAGUUCCAGCAGCUCGUCAUCGCAGCGCGCACAACUCGGAUUGAAACUACAAUGAUGGUGUACCUGGUCUCGGUUUUCCUGUUCAGGGCGCUGUAUCUCCCGCACUGGUUCAUCCGUUAUCUGGAUCAAGGCAUGCUCGACCCUCUUGCACUCUCUGCUGGUGUCGUCCAAACAGUAGUGUUCAUGGUAGGAGGCCUCCUUAUAGUUACCAACAACAGACGUGCUCUCCCUGGAUCCGACUCAGAGCUGGGCACGCCGCUCCUCGAUGAGGGAGAGACGCUGUCCAAGGGCUCAAUCGACAUUGCUCUCUCGGAGAAGACUCCUGUUGUCCCUGAAGAUUCUCCACGGACGCCGAGCCUUACCGAUGCCCUGGCCUACCUCGACCAGGUCAAGGCCGAGCUCAACAACCCAGUGGAAUACAACAAGUUCCUCAUUCUCAUGCAGAAAUUCAGGAGCGGGAAUUUGGACACCUCGGGCAUGAUCGACGAGAUCAUCGUGCUUUUCAACAGCCAUCCUUCCCUCAUCCUGGCCUUCAACACGUUCCUGCCCUCCGGCUACUACAUUGUCCUCGCAGUGGGUGGUCUGCAUGUUGUAGUCAACACACCACAGGGCACUUCCACGUUCGCCAUUGGUGCUGCCUUGAUCACUGGCGACCACCAGUGCCAAUGCGCCGCUUGCGUGUAA